CAUCCCCGGCGCAGCUGCCGCGGAACCGCUGGUUCUUGGCCCUCAUCGCCCAUAAAGUUCGUUAAAAAAAAUCAUAGUCGUUCUUAAAAGAGCGAAAGAGGGCGCGAGCCAGCCGGGCGGCCCCGCCGGGGGAGCGGGCGCGCUGGGAGGAGGUGGAGGUGACGGCGGCGGCGGCGGCAGCUGUUGCGCCGCGACCAGGAGGAGCCGGUCGCGCCGGGCUGGGCUGCGGGGCCGCGGCCGCGGGGGGACGGUGAAUUUGAGAAGAUCUGAUCACCUGGAAACAAAGUUGGUACAGAAACCUUUUCAACUCCAAAAAUGUUGGAGGAAGAUAUGGAAGUGGCCAUCAAGAUGGUAGUUGUUGGGAAUGGAGCAGUUGGAAAAUCAAGUAUGAUUCAGCGAUAUUGCAAAGGCAUUUUUACAAAAGAUUACAAGAAAACCAUUGGAGUUGAUUUUUUGGAGCGACAAAUCCAAGUUAAUGACGAGGAUGUCAGAUUAAUGUUAUGGGAUACGGCAGGUCAAGAGGAAUUUGAUGCAAUAACAAAGGCCUACUAUCGAGGAGCCCAGGCUUGUGUGCUUGUAUUUUCUACUACAGACAGGGAAUCUUUUGAAGCAAUUUCCAGUUGGAGAGAGAAAGUAGUAGCUGAAGUUGGAGAUAUACCAACUGUGCUUGUACAAAACAAGAUUGAUCUCUUGGAUGAUUCUUGUAUAAAGAACGAGGAAGCUGAAGCACUGGCAAAAAAGCUAAAGCUAAGAUUCUACAGAACAUCGGUGAAAGAAGAUCUGAAUGUGAAUGAAGUUUUUAAAUAUUUGGCUGAAAAGUAUCUUCAAAAACUGAAACAACAAGUAGCUGAGGAUCCAGAAUUAAGGCAUUCAAGUAGUAACAAAAUUGGUGUCUUCAACACAUCUGGUGGAAGUCACUCGGGUCAGAGUGCAAGUACCCUUAAUGGUGGAGAUGUCAUCAAUCUUAGACCCAACAAACAGAGGACCAAAAAGAGCAGAAAUCCUUUUAGCAGCUGUAGCAUACCCUAAAAUGUUAUAGGCAGGAAAAGGAUUGUGCAAUUCAGUGAGAACUACAUCCAGCUGUCAUGGUAUGUUACAAGUUUUUUAGCAGAUUUUGCACCUAAUGCUUUGAAAGUUGGCAGACUUAAAUAUUGAUCUGCAGUGCUUUUCAGAAUGGAGUGAGAUCUUUGGAGGAAAAAUUACUGCCCUGUGGACUCAUUUUAAUUUUUUUUACAUUAGACGAAGCUUCUCCUGUUUUUGAAGGAAUGCUGUAAGAAAUGUCAAAAACAGGUUUUGCUGAAUUUUAAAUGCUAGAAAACAUAAAUGAAAUGCCUAAAUAUAUUGGUACAGAUUGUAAUAUUAUGGGUCAAGAAAAGAUAGCAUUCUUUUUCUGAAAUUAGUCAUCUAGCUUUUCUGGGAAAUAGUAUUGAAUCCAAGUACUUACAAAAAAUAAUAAUGAAAGGUAGACCCUCAGUUUUGUGAGACUGCAUUAGUAUGUACUUGGGCAAUGUUACUGUGCAAUAUCUGUACCAGGCGGGGUGUGGAGGUAUGCAUGCAGGUACUUGGUAUUGAAGUAAAUUGAAGGUGUGUGCAGUGUUUAAGGAAACAGAAUCUAAUUCAUUCAUUCAUAGAAUCAUUUACACAUUGUAUGUUAAAGUUUUUAUUUUCAAAUAAAUUUCAGACAUAUAUUUUGCAAAAGAGCUGGGAUUUAAAUAGUGUUUUGUGCCAAAAAGUAUAUCUAAUUUUUACAGUGCUUUACUAUCAGAAUUUAUAUUGUUUAUAAUAUCUUUUAAAAGCAGUUUUCCUCUCUGACGGGGUAGAUAAAAGAGGAGUUUAAAUGUUUUAGUGCUAGAUCAUCUCUCAGGUGAGACUUGUUGCAAAACUUUUCACGUGUCCCUCCUAAGCAUAGCGAGCUUGUGCUGGCCAAGUCCUGGAGCAGACACAGCACGCCUGCGGUUACCCCUAGGCCUGGGAGGCACACUGAUGCUUCCGGCGCCUUUGCUGCUGAUUGAAAACACAAUUUUGAACUUCUAGGAUUAUGCUAACAAUUUUUAAAAAUGCACAAGAGGUGAUCUUUUAUUGUAAUCCACAUUAUGGAUUUUAUAAUGCCCUGCAACUGUAAAGCAUCUUUUCGUUUACACAUUUUUGUAUGGUAUUUUAACAUUAUCGCUUAAAAAUUUCUAUAACCUUUAAUUUGUACAGUGCUUUCUCAAGACCUCUGUCAGGAACAAAUAUAAAAUAAUUUCUUUUAAGAAAUGAUUUUAAUAUGUAAUCAUGUGGCAGAGCAUAAAUUUUGUGACUUGGGACAGUAGCUUUCCAGCUAAGAUAAUUGCAUGAACUGUUAAAACUAAUUAUCAUUUAUCAAUGAUUUUGUUUUUAACCCUUUGCAAUAUACCUUGUUUUCACAGGAUUUCAAAAUGUGUAAAAAUAACUUCUUGAAAAAUGUGCGAUCAAGUUCUUUUUCAUUAUUUGUAAAUGCAUAAUGUUUUAUAUAUUUCUCUUGUAUCUUUUCUCUUUCCCCCCACCCCCCCUAAGCCUUCCAUCUGUGCCACUCUCAUCCCCCAUUCAGAUUAAUGUUGACAACCUAAUAGAAUUUUCUGGGGCGUGUCUUUGUUAAGUGGUCAAGAGUGGAUGUUUGCUUUUCAGAAUAUUGAAAUAAUCUGGCAUUAUGUAUUUCAAAGUAACAUAUAAAAUUUUAUUUUUUUGUCACCACUCCCAUUGCUGGCAGUGGGAUAGAUGUUGGGAAAAACUCAGUUCCUAUCAAUGGGUACCUGCUAGUGAUUCAUCUUUCCUUUUCUACUCUCUUGAAAUACAGUCUCUUUAAUUUUUGCACAAAAUAUAUUUUGCAUCAAAUGGUCUUACGGUUUUUAGUAUCAGAAAAAUCACAUUAUGUAAUAUGUUGUAGUUGUAUUUCAUAUUAAUUAAAUGUGUGUUGGUAAAAGUUUGUUACUGUUCCAUAUAAAAAAUGUAAUCUCUGAUGGUUGCAGUUCCCCUGAUAUUUGUAAUAUAAUUUUGUGUACUUAUUUUGUCUCUUUUUUUUUUUUUGCAAGAACCGAAAUCUGUUACACAUUUGAGUUUUUAAUUUGCACUUCUGUAUUUUAAAUCUAACCAUAAUCAUUAUACGUUCUCAAUUUAAUUAAUUAUAAAACCUAAAUUAACAUUAAUUUUUCCCCCCGAGGCCCUUAGUUCCUUUAAAUAACUUUACUCUUAGUGCCUAACGAACCAUGGUUGCUGAAGAAAACUUGUGUAAGCCUCCAGGAGGUUGUGCAUUUGUGCUCUAAUGUAUUUUUUAUAUUAUGGCUAAUGUUUAGCAUUCAGACAUAUAGCUUUGUAAUAACUGCCAUAUUUCAAAGUUCCCGAGGUUUCCUUUUCCUCUUUCAGUCUCCUAUUGAAUUAAAUAGCACACAGAACAGCACAUAUAAGGCAGUAUCUAUAAUAAUAAAAGCAUAAUAUGCUAAUUAGACCUUCCCUACCAGGGAAGCCUGGGUCCUGGGUGCCUGCUGGUGGCUGGAGAGAAGCCCGGGUCCUGGUUGCCAGAGGGAAGCCGGUGCCGGCAGCCGGGGGAGGGAAGGAAGGCCUACUCUUGCACGAAUUUUGUGCAUCAGGCCUCUAGUAGUUAAAUAAAACCAGGCGAAAUGGUUUUCUUUCCAUCUGCCCAAAGUUGAUAACCCACAUAAACUUUUUAAAAAUAAAGUAAAAGUGACACUACCAAAAAGAGGAUGGGCACCUCCCUGUGGAGUGAAGUUAGAUGGUUGUUUCAGAAGUUGACAACUCAGUGCAGAAAGAACACUCAUUAAUGCACCCACUGAGCCUGUGACUGUUAGGGACUGGAGUCUAUUCUGAAGAUCUCAGAACGAGGAGUUGGCUUCAGGACCUAAUGUCCCAACUUAUAGUGAAGUAUUUUAAUGUAAAAUAUUAAUUGAGCAUCCUUUUCAAAACCUCUGAAAUAGUUUACUGGUAAUUUGCUGAAGUGCCCCCAUUACUGGAUAAUCUGUUUCUCUGAAAACAAAGUGAAUUAUAAAGAUUUCCCACAUUGCACAGUCAAUCUAAUGAACAGGUAGAUUUAUUCAGUUUUAACUACUAGUUACGAACAUGUGUACUGUUAUCACUCUUAAAGUUUUCACCCUAAAACAUGUAAGCUUAUCUUACUAGUGAAUUUGUUUGCUAACAAUUUAAAACCACAGUGGACUCUGGAAUAUCCAAUUACCUAAUUCCCAGGUAAAUGGAUGGAUUAGCUGUAAUAACUUUUAUUAGUACUCCUUUUCUUCUCUCUCUUGAAAUAUCUAUAGUAGGAUACUGGUAGAUGGUCUAAAAAUAAAAACUUUGGAUUAAAAGGAAAUCUCAACCCCUUCUAUAUUUUUGUUACUACUAAAUAAUGCUUUUGUAAAUUUGAAUGAAAAACCACUUGUAUGUAUUACUAUUGGGUUGCAGUUAUGCACGUGAGCUUAAUUUAAAAUCUACUACUUAAUAAAAAUUUCAUGAAAGAUUAAUUCCAAUAAUCAAAAAAUAAAUGCAUUUCAACGCCUGAA